AUGCCGGAUUCGUUGCCUGUGGACGCGGAUGUGGAGAUGGACUACUCAACCCCUGUUGAGAGCUCUGAGGGUUCUCCUGGCGAUCGACGCGUCGCCACCGCGUCCAAUGAGGGGAUGCCUGACGAGAGCAAGCCCUUGGACGGGAAUCAUGUGACUGGAGGGGAUACCCAUCGACAUCCCUCACCUUCAGAGGGACGACGUGCCUCUUCAGCGUCAAGAGACAAAUCGAUAGAUCAAACUCAGAAUUCAGGUAGAUCUUCACCACCCGCGCAAGAGACCCCGGCUCCCGCAAGAGUUGAAACAGUAGAGCACAUCUCGUCUACACCAGCCACCGCGUCGAAGCUACCAAACUCGGUCAAACUUGAUAAAGAGAUCGCCAGACUGACCGAGGUCGUUCGAGAAACAUCAUCCCAGGCGGCAGGAAAAGUGCUCCAGAAGUACUGGAGAGAAUUCCUCUUCAAGGAUAAUGAUGACGAGCAUCUGUGUUGGAUCCUGCGAGCAGGGCUCAAGAAUGCGACUCCUAAUGUUAUUGAGAGGGUCAUGAGAGAGCAGAAUGUCUCCCAUGCUCUCAUUGAUAAAGCCUCCAGGAAGAAGCAAGUUGUCAAGACCGUGUUGAACAACGCAACUUACGCUCAACUGCUUGAUUACGUGCCCGAGGACGUCCUCGACCGGGCUCUGUCUGAACGUCUGAAGAACGCUCCGGCGAAACAGAUCAUCAAGUGGUUGGCUGAGGCUGAACGAUUAGGGUUUCGCGAGGAUGAUAUUUUGGAUGACGAGGAUGAAUCAGUUAUACCGUUCAUGGGGCCCGACUCUCAAGAUGGCGAUGCGGAGAUGACAGACGAGCCGACACAUCAGAAUCUUGCUGCGCACGACAGAGACCCGCUUCUUGCAGAACAGGAACGGAAUGCUGCUCUGUUACAACAGCAAGCUCCCCGAGCUCAACCUGUCAAGAACGGCCCUGCUCCUCUGAUGUGUCCUCUCUGUUAUCACCAAUUCACGACCCAGUCAGGCUAUAACUAUCAUCUAUUAAAGAAGGUCUGCCAAAAACGGCCACCGGCUGGGGGUUUCAAGUGGAUCUGCGGAAACUGUGCUCAGGGCUUCACGACAAAGCAGGGGAUGCAAUAUCACGUAAAUUUCAAGAAGGUAUGCAUGGAAGAGGGUAUAGCUCCGGCUACAUCUCCUUCUCUACAGUUGCAGCGCGAAGCUGGCAAUGCGGUUACCUUGCCUCCGCAGCGCCAUACUGAGCCUAUCUUACCACCGCCUCGACCAACGUUCUCCGCUGCACCUCAGUAUGGUGGACCACCUCAAUAUGGAGCUCGACCGCCCCAACAUGAGAUUCCUCGACCGCCUCAAUUUGAAGCUCGACCACCCCAACAUGAAUUUCCUCGACCACCACCACCACCACCACCACCACCUCAUUACGAAUCUCCAAGGCCAACCUUCACACCACAUGCACAUCCACAGAGCGCACCUCGCCCGGCUCAAUAUGAACCUCCCCGAUACUCGCCUCGACAUGAGCCCCCAUCCUCCCAGCCGGCCCGCCCAUCCAUGGGCGUCACCAUCCCGCGCCCACCCCUUUACACCCCUUCAAGUCAGCCUGCUCGUCCCACCCACCACUCCCCACCACUCUCUCAAACCCCCACCUCCGAUUCCUCCCGUCGCCAAUCCCCCUCCGAACUUCCUCCUCAAAAGCUCGCCGAGCUAAACAAAGCUCUUUCCGAUCAAGAAGCCCGCUAUCAAUCCCUAAUCGCCGGGGUCGACCCGCACCUCUCCCCGGCCGACCGCGCCGCCAAGCUCCAAUCCCUCAAGAACGCCAACGCCACCCGGAAGAGCCAGAUCCGCCGCGCCUUCGGCGUCACCAUCCGCAUGAAGGAGCGCGACAAGCUAGCCCGCGACGCCGCCUCGACCCCGACGCCGACCUCGACGAGCUUCGACGCAUAUCGCGCCACCGGCUUCGCGCCUGUUAAUUCCCAGCCUGGCUCGUCGCUCUCAAUUCAUAGCUACGUCCCGCCGCCGCCGAAACGUCAACGGGUGGAGGAACCGGCUGCAGAGCGGAAACAGCCAUCGACCCAAGGCGCGAGCGAGAGACGGCCGUCGAUGGGUGGAGAGAGACGAGAAUCGGAGAGACGCGCUUCCAUAGGUGCAGUACGCAAAGAAGGAGAAAGACGAGCGUCUAUAGAUACAGUACGCAAAGAAGGAGAAAGACGUGCUUCCAUAGAUGCAGUACGCAAAGAAGCAGAAAGACGUGCCUCCAUAGACGCAGUACGCAAAGAAGCAGACAGGAAACAAGCACAAGCAGAAGCCAUAACGAUCCUUUCAGACACCGAGAGUGAGGACGAAGAUAUGGAUAUGGAUAAUGACAGGGGACGCGCGAGUGCGAGUAGAGGGUCGUUUAUGGCGAGGAGGGGAGGGAAGCGAUAG